GAACCGGAUCAAGGGCCGGUCCAUUUGGAGGCAACAGUAAAGCGCCAAUACCAUUUUCUUAUCCAAAAACCUUGUGCUCCUUCUCCGGUAGCAGCACCGGAGACAGAUCCUUCGAAACUGGUGGAAGAAUCGCUCCGGAUCUCUUGGAUCGUCCCUUACUGCAUUUGUUUAACGUCGCUUCCCCGGCCAGAACUUUGAUAGACCACCAAAGGACCACCGUCUAGCUAGAACAUAAUGUCGUCCUCCUUCMAACUGAACGAUCCCGUUCAGGUGAAUCUGAAACCGGGCAGCACACCCUCGAAAGCCGGAUCCAAGAACAACGUGGUCGAUGGAGUCGUGGCCUGCCUGGGCCCCGUGGAGUUCAACACCGACGAUGACUGGAUCGGGGUCCGCCUCACGGGAAACUCGGUCGGGCUCGGAAAGAACGACGGAAGUGUCAAGGGAAAGAAGUACUUCGACUGCCCCCCCAAGUGUGGGGUCUUUGUCAAGGCCGCGGCCGUUUCCAAGCGGAACCUGACCCGCCUGGAGGAGCUGAGGCUGCGCCGGGAGCUGGCCAGCAGCAGCGGCGGAGGGGCGGAAGCCUCUGCGGCUGCUCCGGCCCGGACUCCCUCCCGGAGGACCAUCGGUGGUACCACGGGGAUUCCGCAGACACCCCGGUCGGCUUCGAGCCGGGCGGUGGGGGCUGGAAGCUCUGCCUCUGGGAUUCCGUCCAACAGCCGGGCCUCGGUGGCUUCCUCCUCUUCGCCUACGGAAUCCACCGGCGAGCUAGAGCAGCAGGUCCGGGACCUCACGGCCCGGCUCGGCGAGGBCCAGAACAAGCUCUCUCAGACGCAGGAGGAAAGCGCGGACCAGAAAACCAAAAUCAAGGGCCUCGAAAAGGAACUCAAGGCGGCCAAGGCGGCUGCUGCGCAGAAGCAGUCCCCCCCGACGCCGGGGAGUGAAGCCAACGAGGCCGCCGCCUCGGAGGCCGAGAUUGCCCAGCUACAGACCCAGGUGGAGGAUCUCUCCCGAAAGCUGGACGAGUCUCAGAAACUCUCCGAGCAGUCUCUCGACGAGCUCCAGACCAAGUUCCAGCAGUCCGAGGUGGAACUCGCGGCCGCCAAGGCCCAGGUGACGGGCCUCGAGAAGGAACUGGCCAGCCGGGACCGCGAGGCCGAGGACGAGGCAAAGUCGCGCUCCUCCGAGACGAACCACUACAAGGAACGUGCGAGGCUCCAGGCGGACGUGGCCAGCCUCAACCGGCGGGUGGAACAGCUCGAGCUGGACAAACAGGAACUGGAACACAACGUCGAGGACCUGGCUCUCGACAAGGAACAGCUGGCGGAGGAGAAGGAAGCCCUGGAAGACCGCAUGGAGGAGCUCAAGCUCGACUACGAGACCAGCUCCAUGGAACUGGAGGAAACCAAGAUGGAGCUAGAGGACGCCCGCAACCGCAUGGAGGCCAGUGCCGCUCGGGCGGCGGCGGCCGAGGCGGGGGGGAAUGCCCUCGCCGCGGCAAGCGGGGACGACGCCGAGGGGGGAGAAGACCAGGCCAGGGCGGACCUGGCCCACAACCUCUCGAUCCAGAACGCGCGGAUGCGCGAGGCCCUCAUCCGGCUGCGGGAGCAGUCCUCCAUCGAAAAGAUGGACCUGACCCGCCAGCUCCGGACGGCCGAAAAAUUCGUCGAGGAGUCCACGAACCUUGCCACGCAGGUCGAGAACCUCCGGGAGACGAACAAGGAACUGGAGGAGCAGAUACUGGACCUCAAGGACAUGGUCGAGCAGGGAUCCGCCUACGAGAUCAUGGUGGAGGACCUCAGCGAUCGGGUACUCAGCCUGGAGGAGGAACUCUCGUCGUCGCUGCAGAUCAUCCGGGAGAUGGAAGAGGCCGCCGAGAUCACUGCGGAAAUGGAGGAGGUCCAGGCGGAGGAGCUCAAGGCCGUCAACCGGGACAUGGAAGACCGGGAAACACUCAUCCGGAACCUCGAGGAGGCCAUCAAGAUGUAAGUUUUGGAGUCGGGUUGCACUGCGGUGUGUUGCGUUGCGCUGUCGUCGUCGUCGUUGCGCAYGAGUAACGAUAAAUCGUUCCACUGCGACACAAAAGUCUCACCUGAUCUACGCUCGUCACAAAACCAUGAUACAUUGUCUUUUCCUGUUGUGAUUUCCAUUCAUUUCAGGCAACGAAAGCGAGAGGAAGACUUUCAGAGAACCGUUAGCAACUACCGCAAGUCGGUGGAAACACUCAAGCAGGAAAAGAAUGCCCUAUACGAGCUGCACCAGGGAGGCGAAGGAGAAAAGUCGGACCUAGCGUCCGCUUCCCAAAAGGCACUGGCCCGCGCCGCUCAGCUCGUACAGGAUGCGGCCGAGAUGCGAAAGCGAGAAGCGCAGGCCGCCAUUGAUCGCAUCGAUUCGCAGGUGCGAAUGCACCUCUCCAACAGGUUGGAAAGCCUGCUUCCCCCCUCCGUUUCGGCCGCCGAGGUGGCCUCCAUCAAGGGAGAGCUGCUUCUUUCCAAGGUCGUUGGAAAAUCCUCGUUGUCCCUGGACGGAAUCGCUCGUUCCUUUGCCAAAACGAUUCGAGCCAGGGCCUGGGAAUGGCGGUCCAACAACAAAGCCGAUGCCGAAGAAAAGGAAGAGGAGCAAGCCGUCGUAGAAGAGAAGAUGCUCUCGCUCACAGACGAGCAGCAGCAAAUGGCCGCAACAAUGAUUCACCAGUCGGAGGUCGCUCAUGUUGCGAUCGAUGUAAGCGGAGAUCUUCUUUGGCUUUUAUCCGCGGGCCAGUGGCCGGACAUUCUUUCGACCGAGGCUUCUAGCGAACUCGGAUCCAUCAUGGGGCAUUCCAUGAACGAACUCGACAUUGUCUUGGGAAGUGUUUUGAACACUCUCAAGGAAGAGGGCGUUCUCUCCCCCCACCAAUCGAAUAUUGGGGCCUUUAGACAGACAGUCGUCACCACCAUGCAAACCCUGCGCUCGCACAUUGAACAAGACGGAGAAUCCCUCGUUCCCAUGGACUGGAAACCAGCAGCCCUCAAGCUCUUUCGCGAUGCCUCGCGAGCGAAGUACUCCAGUCUGGGCUGCUACGCCGCUGUGGCGUGCGUUCUGAACGCGGGUGAUGCCAUUAAAUCCGACGAAGAAAAGCUYAAAUCACAGGARUUCGUCGCCGUUUUGAAACCCCUSUUGCGAAAACUAGACCAGGCUGCUUCGGAGGCCGCAAAAUCGUGCCUGCGGCUUGCCAAGCUCGAUGUCCUCGACGAGACAAUCGUUUCCWGUCUCUCAGAGGCCGCCGAGAUCUGGAGAUCGUCGUCCGAUGAUUUGUUGGGCAAUGURUACAACAUGCUCCUGGCAGAAGACGGACUCGGUCCGGAAAGCAUUGGUGCCUGCGAGGCGGCGACGGACGAAGUGGUGAGGGUUGUCUCCCACUUUGCUACYGUCUUGAGAUCCGCCAAUCUCACGGAUGCCGACGACAACAAGUUCCACCCCUUCUCUCCGGAAAUUGCCGAUGUAUGGGAAGGAGUGACUAUGCUUGCACGAGCCACCCGCGCCAAGGACGGAGACGAGGACGACAUCAAUUACCUCGUGCGCGCCAAAAACAUCGAGAACAGCCUCGAAGACGCGGUCGAGUCUGUUCCCGAGCUGUCUCUGGCRAAGGCCAAGGUUGCSAGCCUYGAAAAGAGCCUGGCCCUUCGAUCGAAGGAAAUUUCCAUGCAAAAUGCACGACUGUCCGACCUGGAGAAGAUGCUGGCGAGAUCGAAUGCCCAGCCAUCUGCGCGUCUCGUAGCGUCGCAGGCCUCCACCGAGGAGGUCAAGUCUCUCAAAGAAGAAAACCGUGUUCUCACGGAAGCCAUGGACGUCAUGCACAGACAGGUGGAAGAAUACGAAAACGAAAUCCGUGCCAGAGAUUCCAAAACACCCACCAAGGCUCGACGAUCGAGGCGGCGUUCGUCCCUGACCCCGAAUUCGUCGAUGCCGGCCCGAGACGCGAGUCGAAGCCUGAGCCGUGACAGCGGCAGCGAGAGGGGAGAAGACGGAAUCACGAGUGCCUUUGAAGCGGCUCUUUUCCGCCCUGCCCUGCAAGCUGCUCGACGCGAUGCCGCGCAAUGGAAGACAAAAGCCACCAUCAACACCUUGCUAGAAUUGCCUCGACUCAGCGUCCCGAUGCAAUCGAACCCUUUCGGCGAGGGCGAAGAGAAGGUUGCRGACGACGAAGACUGCAACCCACUCUUUCAGCUUUCUUCGGCUCUGUCGUCCUACCAGCGUGAAACCGCAUCGGUGCGCAUUGURGACAUCACCAAGACCUCCGGGAAGACCCCACGAAUGCAGCUCCGCGACACCAUGUUGAGAAAGGCAGCCGCUUCGGAACAGGUCGACAAGGCCGCAGCGGCCGCCCKGCAAUGGCUAGAAAGCCGCGGAGCCGGAUUCCCGCAACCGGACACAUCGACGAAGCCACUAGUUGGACGAGUGAAAUUUGCCGGUCCCGAACCAGUCCGAACGAUUCCCACGCCGGCUACCGGAGAAGAUUUGUAUCGGAUUCAGCUCCAUCUAGCGAAAUAAAAGCUUUAAAAGGGGCCUCUUUUUCGAAUAGUUGUACUUAUCUAAAUU